UCAAUUUCAACUCUGAUCUUUCGUGUAAACUAUAAAAAAACAGCUGAAAAACAAAUAAAGAACUUGUACGUGAAAUAAAAUUAAAUGUUUCAAUUGUUGGUUGAUUUAGAUCAUGUUAGUAAGAACUUUAUUUAAUAAAAAACCAAAAGUUUCCGAAGUAUUAACGGCAUAUUUGAAACAGUGCAAUGAACCACCAUGGACGUCCUACUUUAUCAAGUACCGGGACGUCACAAACGAUCAUUUCGGUCGAUCACAUUUUAACUGGACGCUGGAUACGGGAACGAACUAUCACAUAUUGCGCACUGGAUGCUAUCCCUAUAUGAAGUACCAUUGCACCAAACGACCCGUUCAGGAUCUAACAGUAGACGAUACGUUUUUUCGGAUUAUUAAAAUUAUCAACCUAGGUUUGCCACAGCUUGGUUAUGGAUUUGCUGCCCGCUUUCUGAUUCGACACGUAGAGUGGGUAGAUAUGGGAAAGAGUUAUGGUAAAGUGCCGAUUUACUUCCUCUAUGAAGAGGAUAAAGGUUCGGAAUACUAGCAAAGUUGAAUGCUGAAGAGCAUUUGUUACGGAGUUUAUAAAUGUAUAUUUUUUUAUUAAAACUAAGUGGCAACUGAUUAGAUGAUUUCGGGAGCAUCCCAAAAGAUUAGAGACUACCUUUUCAAAUAAAA